AUGAGCCAGAAAUAUCUCGGUGUCACGCCCCCCAUCUCGCUCUCCACGCCAGACAAUAGAGACAAGGAACUCACAAAGUCGCUAAUCAAGACAUUGGCUGAUUUAAACCAAAUUGAAAGUCAAGAUGAAUCCAUCAAAAGAGAAAUGGUAUUGGGAGAGAUUUCUAUAUUGGUCAAGGCAUUUGUCCGCAGAGUAUCUUUAGAAAAGGGUCUGCCAGAGUCAAUGGACGCGGGUGGCAAAAUCUUCACCUUCGGUUCCUACCGAUUGGGUGCUCAUGCCAGUGGUUCCGAUAUUGAUACACUAUGUGUGGCUCCGAAACACGUCAACAGAGAUGACUUUUUCAGAGUGAUGUUUGAAAUGUUACAACAACGCCCAGAAGUCACAGAGUUGACGGCUGUGCAUGAAGCAUAUGUGCCUGUAAUUCAAUUCGCCUUUUCUGGCAUUCCUAUCGAUUUGCUAUUUGCUCAAUUGAACGUACCCGUUGUCAGGGACGAUCUAGACUUGUCUAAUGACGACUUGCUGAAAGGAUUGGAUGACCGCUGUAUUAGAAGUCUGAACGGAUCACGAGUUACGGAUGAAAUUCUUCGACUAGUACCCGAUAUCACUCAAUUUCGACUCGCUCUUCGAGCUGUUAAGCUCUGGGCAAAGAAACGGCUCAUAUAUUCAAACGUGCUGGGAUUUCUUGGUGGUGUAGCAUGGGCCAUGUUGGUGGCUCGUGUUUGCCAGCUAUAUCCAAACGCCGCUGCAGGAAAAGUUUUGACUAGUUUCUUUAGGAUUAUGCAAAAGUGGCCAUGGCCUCAACCUGUAAUGCUCAAGCAAAUUGAAGAUGGUCCUCUUCAAGUUCGCGUCUGGAAUCCAAGGAUUUAUCCCUCAGACAGAGCUCACAAAAUGCCUAUUAUAACACCGGCAUAUCCGUCUAUGUGCUCGACCCAUAACGUCACGGACUCCACGUUGAAAAUCAUGACAAAAGAGUUUGAACGAGCAGCUGAUAUUGCUGAUCGUCUUGUCAUUGCUAAAGCUGAAUGGUCAGAGUUAUUUGAACCAAUGGACUUUUUCAAUGAGUACAAGUAUUACAUACAAGUAGUAGCAGCUGCCACCUCCGAAGACCAAUAUCUGCUAUGGGUUGGAAUGGUAGAAUCUAGACUUCGUCAACUACUUAUGAAGAUGGAAACUCUUGAUACGAUUGGAACGGUGCAUCCUUGGGUCGACAAGGUGGAAAGCAUCGUCACCUUCAAUACCGAACAAGAAGCAAUAGAUGGCGAUUACUAUAAAGUCAUCCCGGAAGCUCCCAAUCAAACCCUUCCAAAGCCUUUUUAUAAAGCAAUAUUCUAUUUCGGAUUUGUGGUCUCGCAGAAAGGUGGUCGCUUGGAUAUGUCAUUUCCUAUUGAAGCAUUCAAAGACGCGACUAAAGGAUGGGAGAAGUUUAAUGAGUCGACUAUGGGUGUUAUCAUUCACGUCAUCAAGAGUUCCAAGUUGCCCAAAGAACUUUUCAAAGGAGGGAGGAAAAAUAAGAAAGAUUCAAAGAAAAAUACAGAUCGGGUACCCCUUCAUGCUGUUGAAUCGCCAAUGGUUAUCUCACACGAAUUAUCAAUCAAGGAUUCUCUGGAAGGGAACCCAGCUUCGAAACAAUUGUCAGCAACUGAUGUAGUCAAGGAAGAGGUUGGUGCCAAGAGGAAGGCUUCGGAGGACUCUCCCCUUCCUCAGCCAGCUCCGCAAAGGCCCAAGUUGGAAUCAGCGGCUCCUUUGCCUCAGCUUCCAGUGCCAACUAGCUCUGCUAGCAGACCUAGUCCCGUUGUAACUACUGCUCCAGUAGCUGCAGCUCUCAAUGGAGAUUCGGGAGGAAAGAAACGUAAAGUGUCUGAUGAUAUGGAAAGUUUGCCCUCGUCAACUGGUAUGCAUCAAGACGUAAUGAAGAAGGCCAAGAUUGCGCAUGUGGAAGAGGUCAAAGCGAUCUCACGACCUGUGUCACGGCCAGUAUCUCGACCAAUGUCGCCAAAAAUUGCUCCAGUCUCGAUAUUGCCGCAAUCGGUCUUAUCUAAUGUAGUCGCUCCUGAAAGUAUCAAUGGGAAUGCAGCCAAUGCAUUACUUUUAUUGAACACAUCCAAACCAGCAGUACCAAUAAUGACUCAACCUGCUGCAUUCGCAAUGGCACCUACAAACAAUAUGGUUUCUUCUAUGAUGUUGCCAACAAUGAUGGUACCGGCACCAGUAUCUGAUCCUUAUUACCAUUAUGAUGUAGCCAUGACACUAGCUUCAGUGCCUCCAUCUUUAGCGGUGGUUCCUCAACGAAGCUCGCCACAUCCCGUCAUCCCUCAAUAUGUGCCACCACCAGUGAUGGUUCCAACGCAACGAAAUUAUUCACAGGCGCUACCAAUGUCUUAUACUACUUCUAUUGUUGUUGCUCCGACGAUACCACCACUACCAAGUAGUGCUCAAAUCAAUUCUCGCUUGUAUGGAGCUACCACACCACCACCUGCUAGUAGAGGAGAGUCAUCGAGUGUUGUCGUUAAUCAAAAGGCCUCAACUCCUCCGCCUGCACGAAGUGUGUCGAAUUCCCGUGCUGCAACUCCUCCACCUCCUCCUAGAGUUACAAGGAAUACGAGCUACUCUGAAGUUAUUGAUCUGACAUCAGAUGAUCAACAUCCAGUAGCUUCUUCAAGGUGUGCAUUUGCUGUAUUAUAA